AUGCUCAAGCUGAUCUGCCAUAUUGUCGGCGGACGGGAGCCUUUCGCCGUGAAGAUCGAUGCGAAUGAGUUGGUGACGGACCUCAAAACCCAGAUCAAGGAACAGAACCCCUCGUUGCGAUCGUGCAAUGCGAUGGACAUCCAGCUCUACCAGUCGUUGAAGGAUGCAACUUGGUUGUCCGCAGAAGACUUGGACCAGAUGACAUCGGAUGGAGUGAUGGACGCGUAUCUGGCAACUAUCCGAGAAAUGAAGCCCACGGACAAUCUUGCGUACUAUUUUGGACCCAAUCCGCCACCGCUGACAAAGCACGUCCACGUGUUGGGGGUCGUUCGGCCUGCUAGUUUGCAACAAGGUCAAGCCCAAACAGUCCAGGGCAUUCCAGCUGCUGCAGUUCCACGCGAGGAGUUUCAACAAUUCGCUCUCGAUAUGCGAGAGGCUUUUCGGCGUCAAGUGGAAGCAGCGCAAGAGACUCGAGAGGCUCUUCGUCGUCAAGAGGAAGCUGCGCAAGAGACUCGAGAGUCUCUUCGUCGUCAAGAGGAAGCGAUACAAACUAUAGCUGCCGGCACCCCGGAUACCUGCUCGAGUGCAGCUCUGGGAAUAAAAAGUCUUGAAGGGUUGGAACAGCGCAAGGCAAUCGCGAACUUUGUACCAAAUGAGGAAGCCCCAGCGUUUUGGUCGCCAGCCGAUCAAGCAAAUGCCAACGGCAUAUUUUUGGAGAAGGCUUUCGACGCGUUUAUCACUCCGUUCUACAACACCGCGCUCGCAAACUGUGACAUGGUGUUCGUCAACAGCGAGCACGUUGCAUGGCUGCCUCAGGGACCACAAUUGCCCCCAAAUACAAACAUCAAACCAGAUGGAUUUGCGACCCACCCAGGAAUGUAG